AUGAGAAGAUAUCAGCAACAUACACACGCAAGCUGGCACCGCGCCUACGCAGACAAAUUCGAUUGCCCUUGGUGCCAAACCCCUCACCGGGCAGAAACGCCUCAGUACCAGAACCACAACACCCGCAAGCAGUCCACAAAGGGCUCAGACAAUGGCAGAACAAGCAGAGCCAAUGCUACAUCGACACCAAUCGGACGUCGGAUAGCUCACGAGAGCUCCGACAUUGCUGUCGAAGACCAAUCCGCCGAUACCCCGCUCGAGCCCCAGACGCCAGAUCCAGCUCCGGACGCGAACGAGGAAGAGACCCCGGGGCCGGAAUCCGAUUCAAAUUACGCGCGAUACAAUAUGGGACGAACUGCGAGGCCUGAGGGCUUGAAUACCGCGUUCGCGCCAGAUACACUGCGCCCGCCGCUUCCCGAGGAGUGGACGAAGGAUGUCGAGGAGCAGGAACACGGUGCUCCGGAAUGGAGCCCACCAGCUGUGGAAGAUUGGCGCUCUGGGCUAGAUACGCCUCGGGAGUUUCGAAUUCCCGGUGACGAAAAAAUUGGCUCUCCAGAGUUGAAUGUGAGGGAGUUAGAGGAGUCUUGA